AUGGACAAAGAUAGAUCUUCAGCUAUGCUUUUGUUCAUCAUUUUUAUGUUAUCUAUCCACAGCGUUUUUGGUGCAGACCUUAUUGCUAUCUAUUGUCCGAAUGAAUUCCCAUUUUACACUCCCAACAAUUCAUUCCACAAUAACCUCAAGCUUCUUCUGGGGUUGUUGUCCUCCGACACCGCUUCAGAGGCAGGUUUCUAUAACACAUCUACAGGAGAAGGGCCAGACCAAGUGUAUGGACAAGCACUCUGCAGAGGGGACAUCACCAACUCCACAGUUUGCAAGGAAUGCAUUGAGAAAGCAAGCCAAGAUAUAAUGAAUAGGUGCACCAGUGAAGAUGCAAUGAUAUGGUAUGAACUUUGCCAAGUUCGGUACUCCUUUCAGAUGUUUAUAUCAAGGAUGGUUUAUACUGGAAAGUAUCCACCGCAUAAUGAUCAGGAGAAGAAUGUCUCAGAUCCUAUUGGAUUUGAUAAAUUCUUGACUUUCUUAAUGAACAAUCUCUCAUAUGAGGCUGCUUUUAAUCCUGCUAAGAACAUGUUUGCAGCUGGGGAAAUUGAUAUCCCUGGGACGAAGACAAUUUAUGGACUAGUCCAGUGUACCAGGGACAUUUCUGAAACAGACUGUAGUAGUUGUUUGAGUUCUGCAUUAAUGGACCUUACUGCAUGUUGUUCCUACCGGGAAGGAGGGAUGAUUGUUAGUAGGACUUGCAAUGUGAGGUUCGAAUCGUCUGAGUUCUUUAAUACUUCAUCAGCAUACCAGUUGAUUUACCCAACUUCGAAAGUUCUUAUUGGGCUGUGCACUGUUUGCUUCUGGCGAAAAAAGGAUAGAGACAGAGGUGAAGAAAAAAGCGAAAUGACUCUAUUACAAGAGUUAGCUAGCCCCAAGAAAGUAGAAAUUACACAAGAAGGUGACUUGAUUAGUUCAGAUGAACUGUUGUUCAUGAAGUUAGCAACAGUUAAGGCCGCUACUGAUGACUUUUCUGAUACAAAUAAGCUGGGUCAAGGAGGGUUUGGUGCGGUGUACAAGGGUGUUCUGCCAGAUGGUAAUGAAAUAGCAGUUAAAAGAUUAUCAAGAAAGUCUUGGCAAGGAAUAGAGGAAUUCAAAAAUGAGGUCAAACUAAUUGCCAAACUUCAACAUAGGAAUUUGGUGAGGCUAGUGGGCUGUGUCUUAGAGGGAGAGGAAAAGCUACUCAUAUAUGAAUUCAUGUCAAACAAAAGCCUUGAUCAAUUUAUCUUUGUUCCAGAAAAACGUUCCAAACUUGAUUGGAAGACAUGCUAUGGCAUUAUCAAUGGCGUAGCCAGAGGCCUACUUUAUCUUCACGAGGAGUCUCGGCUUAAAAUCAUUCACAGAGACCUAAAACCAAACAAUGUGCUGUUGGACCAUGAACUAGUUGCUAAAAUAUCAGAUUUUGGUAUGGCCAGGAUAUUUUCUGAGAAUCAGAAUGCAGCAAACACGAAAAGAGUUGUGGGAACAUAUGGAUAUAUGGCUCCAGAGUAUGCAAUGGAGGGUUUGUUCUCCGUUAAAUCUGAUGUCUUCAGCUUUGGUGUGAUCUUGCUCGAAAUCAUCAGCGGUAAAAGAAAUAGCGGCUUUUACAUAACUGAAAUUGCCCCGACACUGCUGGCAUAUGCAUGGCGGCUGUGGAAUGAAGGGAAAGAAUUGGAAUUUGUGGAUCCUGUGUUAUUGGAAUCAUGUCUUUCCUACGAAGUUCUGAGGUGCAUGCACAUUGGGCUCCUGUGCGUGCAGGAAGAUCCUGAACUCAGGCCCACCAUGUCAGAUGUUGUGGUUCUCCUAGGAAGUGAAUCAAUGGCUCUUCCCCAACCAAGACAACCAGCAUUUUCUUUGGGUAGGGUGCUUCAUGUCGAUCCAUCUAUGCCAACAAAUCCUUCCAUUAAUGAGAUUAUUUUGUCUAGUAUUUUACCACGAUGA